UUCCGGUUCCGUCAGUACAGGGAGCCGGGUCGAGAUGGAGGAAGAUGCGACCCGAGGCCGAGAGUCGCCGGGGCCAGAGGCGAGAGUGGGAGCUGCGGCCUAGAGGUCCGGGUCUGGGGUUCGCUUCGCUCGCGGCGGAACCUCCCUGAUCUCGGAAGCCCCAGGCCUGCUGCCGCCAUGGAGGACAAGCGCAACAUCCAGAUCAUCGAGUGGGAGCACUUGGACAAGAAGAAGUUCUACGUGUUCGGGGUGGCCAUGACCAUGAUGAUCCGUGUCAGCGUCUACCCCUUCACGCUCAUCCGCACGAGGCUGCAGGUGCAGAAGGGCAAGAGCAUGUACCACGGCACCUUCGACGCCUUCAUCAAGAUCCUGCGGGCGGACGGUGUGAGUGGCCUCUACCGGGGCUUCCUGGUCAACACGUUCACGCUCAUCUCCGGCCAGUGCUACGUCACCACGUAUGAGCUCACCCGCAAGUUUGUGGCCGACUACAGCCAGAGCAACACAGUCAAGUCGCUGGUGGCCGGUGGCUCAGCCUCCCUAGUGGCCCAGAGCAUCACGGUACCCAUCGACGUGGUCUCCCAGCACCUGAUGAUGCAGCGCAAGGGGGAGAGGAUGGGCCGUUUCCAGGUGCGCGGGACUUCGGAGGGCCACAGCGUGCUGGCCUUCGGGCAGACCAAGGACAUCAUCAAGCAGAUCCUACGGGCCGAUGGCCUUCGUGGCUUCUACCGAGGUUACGUGGCUUCACUGCUCACCUACAUACCCAACAGUGCAGUGUGGUGGCCCUUCUACCACUUCUACGCGGAGCAGCUCUCGCACCUGUGCCCUAAAGAGUGUCCGCACAUCGUCUUCCAAGCCAUCUCCGGGCCUCUGGCCGCAGCCACCGCAUCUAUCCUCACCAAUCCCAUGGACGUCAUCCGCACCCGAGUGCAGGUGGAGGGCAAGAGCUCCAUCAUCCUGACCUUCAGGCAGCUGAUGGCCGAAGAGGGGCCGUGGGGCCUCAUGAAGGGCCUCUCGGCCAGAAUCAUCUCAGCCACACCCUCCACCAUCGUCAUUGUGGUGGGCUAUGAGAGCCUCAAGAAACUCAGCCUCCGCCCGGAGCUGGUGGACUCGAGGCACUGGUAACAUGGUGGGGAGAAGCCAGCCGUUUCCCACUGCUCGGGGCUGGGGCAGAGUGGGGAGGAACAAGUCCUCUCCCGGUGUCCCCCCAGCCUCCCCCCACCCCACAGCCCUAUCCUGGGCCGGGUGGCCUGUCUGGGACAGUGACAGAGACUUGAAACCGCCCUUGCUGAAGAGCCUCCCUACACCGGGUCCCCUGCUCCCACCAUUUUUAAUUCUCUUGCCAAACUUCCCUCAGUCCAGCCCAAAGGACAUCCAUGUGCCCCUCAGCCCCUGCCCCCUGCUCCCUGCUCGCCCCCUGGCUUCCGCCUCCACCUGUGUCCUUGCGCUCCCAAGAGCUGUACAUAGUGCUUGCUGGGCUCCCCUCUUUCCCGGCCACUGCUGUAGCCCCUUCUGGUCUCAGCUCUUAGACUGGCUUAUUUGUAUCCCGGAUGGAGGUGCCCACCAGACUACCCUGGGCCCUGCCAUUGGGGGCAGGUGGCAGGCGCCUUUGCUCAGGGGCAGGGUGGGGGGUACACACAGACCAAACCCUGUCCCCCUCAUCCUCUUCGUAGCGUCCUUAGGUUGGGGAGAAACGUUGAUGCUCUCUUGAGGUGUAUUGUUUAUCAUCUGUGAACCAGACUACUUGUCAUUUCCUGUUCAAGCCCCAGUCCUGCAGUCAGACAUGUGGGAAAACGUAGUGUGGACCUCGAGUCCACCUCCUUGUCCCCUCCACGUCAACCUUACUGGCCCAACAGCCCUAGGACAGUAGCAGCCAUUGGCUUCCUGGCCCAGACUCGUAGAUGAACCGUCCGGGACACGCUGGACUUGGGAGCACAGUGAAAGGUUGAGAGAGAAGGUGACUGAACAGUGACAGGAGAGGGUCCGUGCGCCGCAGAGCGAGGCCCCAGACCCAGGUUCUGAGCAGCGCUCACCACCAGCCCGUGGACUUCUGGAAGCUUGUUCUCAGGGGGGGAUCCUGAGAGAUGGCUCCUCCUGGAGGAACGCUUGUCUGGGAGAGAGCUGAGGGGCUCCAGAAGCCGUGGGACAGGACCAGCGCAUUUACCAGCACCAUACUGCCGAGGUUCUCUGCUGAAGCUCCUGGGAGCCCGAUGACGACCCCCCACCCUGUGUUGCAGGGAGCAGGGAUCAGCAAGUGGAGUCACAAGGCAUGGCAGACCCAGAAAUACUGGGCCGAAGCCAUCCUUUCGGUCUCAUUGGCCCCAGCCUCUGGGGAAGGCCGCGGUGCCAGUGUGAAAGGUGCUCAGCUCCCCGAAGAAGCCUUGAUUCUUCCUGCGGUUGCCCUGCAUCCUGUCACCCCAGCCAGAUGAGAAGCCAGAACCCGUAUUUCUCUGCUUGUACCACCACCACUGCCCUCUGGGUCCUGCAUCUUUGGGGGGGGGCAUUUUUCCUUUCCCUCAUUUUGUUCCUUCUUGCACCUUAUUAAGAACCCUCCCAUCUUUCUCCAUAAAUGCUCAGCCAAAGGGUGCACCCACAGAUGACUCUGAAUCUUCCCGAAUCACCCCCGAGAACCACCGUGUCACAGAAGCACGUGCCCCCACCCCCAAGCUCCUGCUUGUGCCAUGAGAUGGGACCCACUGGCUUCAGCCUGCCUGUGGGGAAGGCGGGGAGCGGGGACCCGCGGGAGAGGUGAGGGUUCUCCCCCCAGACUCGGCUCUUGGACGGUAUUUCCCAGCUUCCCGCCCCACAUUUUCCACCCGUCCCUUGGGUUUCCGUUUUCCCAGGACCAUAGAUUGCACCAGCUGGAAUUUUUAGCCCAAACUGGAGUAUCUUGCGUGAAGCUCGGCAGCCAGGCAGCCUGGCGGGAGUGUCGGAGGCCCGGGGAAACGAAGAUGCGGACGCAGUUAACCUUUGAUAAGUGGGCUCGUGAGUGUUAACGAACUUUCACUGUCGGCACUGUGCAAAGUCUCUGAAAUGUAAUUAAAAGUUUUUAUGGA